AUGCCGUCUCUAACAUUCUUCCUCCUCCCCGCCGCUCUUUCCACCCUCGCCCUCGCGAAAACAGACCUAAGCGGCUGCACCUCCACCGAUGUCUCCUCCCCAGCCGGCGCCUCGAUAGCCUGGUACGUCCCCGGCACCGGCGAAAUGUGCGCCGCUCUGGACUGCGGCGGUGGACGUGCUCCUCCCAAGACAGACGUUCCAGGCUGCCCACAAUACAGCGGCACGGGCACCUACUCUCCCUCGUACAACACUGCCUGGGCGACCGGUGCCGCGGCGCUGGGUGGCUACGGUACGUCUGCCACGGCGACGGCGUCGACGACGGGAAGCUGGAGUGCGUGGGAAACGGAUUCGGCGAGCAGUUCUUGGGAUCUGUAUACCACGGCUCCAACCUCGUCAGCUGUCACUAGCGCACCAGUAUCCUCCAGUGCUAGCACCACUUCCACCGCAUCUACCACGCCGAUCGUUCCCGUAGCUCCAGUCGUGCCCUCCAACGGAACGAUGCCAUCCGGGACUGGCUCGAGUCCGUCACACGCUGGUAACAGCACGGCUGGGAUCACGAGUAGCAAGCCUACUGCUACGGCAUCAUCGAACACAAACGGUGCGAUGGGAUCGGCUGAGAUGUUUGUUGGUGCUGCGGCGCUUGUGGGGUUCAGCGUGGUUGCUACGGUGUUGUAG